AUGUGAAGCGCGUGGCCCCGCCGCCGUCUGCAGCCUCCGAUAUUUAUUUAUGGGCGUUGAUUUCCGGCAUUGAGCGUCUGAAUUUUCAGGUUCUACAGAGUGUGUUCUGCAUGUGUGUGGCUCUGUGUGUGUGUGUGUGUGAGCGUGUGAAAGAGUUUGUAGUGUGGUUUCGAAUCGCUCCCAGCUUGGAUACUGUCACCGCCUUGCACCGCAGGCAGGCACCGUGUUCCUACAUGCAAGUUACUGUCGUGGCUCCGCAAUCGUUGGCCAGCAAUGACCGAAAGCCCCGCGACCGAGCCAGCCAACGGGGACGUUUGUCAGCGUGUGAAGAACGGACUGAGGCUGGAGAAAAACGGCGUGCUGACGAGCCUUCACCGCUGCCACGAGCAGCAGCAGCCCAAGCACCACGGCCAGCCCGAGGAAGAGGAGGUCCAUUCCGCAUCAUAUCAUGACAGCCAGUACAACUGUCCUUUCAUCGAGUCCUUUGAGGAGACGCCCAUGCUUGUGGCAGUGCUCACCUACAUGGGCUAUGGCAUCCUCACUAUCUUCGGUUACUUCCGCGACUUCCUCCGGCACUGGAAGAUAGAGAGGUGCCACAUCGCCCGGGAGAAGGAGGAGCAGAGGGACUUUGUGCCCCUCUACCAGGAUUUUGAGAACUUUUACACCAGAAACCUCUACAUGCGUAUAAGAGACAACUGGAACAGGCCCAUAUGCAGCGUCCCUGGUGCCAAAGUGGACCUAAUGGAGCGAACGUCCCAUGACUACAACUGGACUUUUGAGUACACAGGUCGGGUUGUGCAGGAUGUGAUUAACUUGGGCUCGUAUAAUUACCUUGGCUUCGCCGAGAACACUGGCCCAUGUGCUGACUCCGCAGCCGAGAUCACCAUGAAGUAUGGCGUCGGAGUUGCAAGCACUCGGCAGGAGAUCGGUAAUCUUGACAGGCAUGAGGAGCUGGAGAAACUGGUGGCUAGGUUCCUGGGCGUGGAGUCAGCCAUGGUAUUUGGGAUGGGGUUCGCCACAAACUCCAUGAACAUACCAGCACUGACUGGCAAGGGUUGUCUGAUUCUAAGUGAUGAACUCAACCAUGCCUCUCUGGUUCUGGGAGCAAGACUCUCUGGGUCCACCAUCAGAGUCUUCAAACACAACAACAUGCAGAGCCUUGAGAAACUACUGAGAGAUGCCAUAGUUCACGGGCAGCCCAGGACGCACAGACCAUGGAAGAAGAUUCUUAUAGUGGUUGAGGGCAUUUACAGCAUGGAGGGCAGUAUAGUGCGCCUGCCAGAAGUGAUCGACCUUAAGAAGCGCUACCGGGCCUACCUUUACCUAGAUGAGGCUCACAGCAUAGGGGCCCUGGGGUCGAGGGGGAGAGGUGUGGUCGAUUACUUUGGGCUAGACCCCUGUGACGUUGAUGUCUUGAUGGGCACGUUUACCAAGAGCUUCGGCGCAGCAGGGGGAUACAUUGCAGGGAAAUGGGAGCUUAUCGAGUACCUGCGCUCCCAUUCCCACAGUGCGGUCUAUGCCACCUCCAUGUCUCCUCCUGUGGUGGAGCAAAUCAUCACUUCUAUGAAGUGCAUUAUGGGAGAAGAUGGCACAACAAUCGGCUGUGACCGUGUGCGAAAGCUGGCAGAAAAUACAGUGUAUUUCCGCAGGAGGCUUCGAGAAAUGGGCUUCAUCAUCUAUGGAAACGAGGACUCACCUGUUGUACCCAUGAUGCUCUACAUGCCCGCCAAGAUAGGUGCAUUUGGUAGAGAGAUGUUGAAGAGGAACAUCGGGGUGGUGGUGGUGGGAUUCCCCGCUACACCCAUCAUCGAGUCCCGGGCACGCUUCUGCAUCUCAGCCGCCCACACUAAAGAAAUGCUCGACAGGGCGCUGAGUGUCAUCAGUGAGGUAGGAGACCUUCUUCAACUCAAGUACUCCAGACGCAGGAUGCAGCCAUCUUUAUCACUGCCCUGUGACGAUAUUGUGUAUGAGGACAUUGAUGACUGAUGGACCAAUCCUCUCGGCGCGUGAACCUGAACAGCCCCCGAAAUCAAAAGACAGACCAGGUCCAAGAUGGAUCAAAAGUCUUUCACGAGGACCAAGAUGUGCCCAGGUGCCCUUUGUCACUAGCUUGCGAUAAUGUAACCCUCUGAGAAAAAGAAACACUCAAAACCACCAUCUAAUUCUACUUUGCCUUACAUGGAGAACUUUUGGUAAACACACUGGAAAAAAAGCACCUGAGCUUCUUCCUGUUUACUUUUCUUACUUGUGUGUUUAUUAUUUUGUGUCUUAAGUUUUUUUUCAUGUGUGUAUGUCUGCCAUGCUUGUAUAAUUCAUUAUGUUCAGCCUUGUGGUUUCUAUAUGUGAACUGGACAAGCUUUCCAAUGUCUCUGAUAUUGUGAGCAUUCUUUUUCAUAAUACGGAUUAAGAUAACUUUAACAGGGUAAAAUGGAUUACGUUUAAACACAAGCCAAAAGAACUAGACUUGUUCAUUUAUCCAGUUUGAUCAGAUCAGUGAUUAUUGCCAUGGGCCAAAAUAAGAAAGCACUGGAUGUUGCAUUGUUUGCACAAGACUAUGCAAGAGAUCUGCCACAGUAAAAUUGAUCUAAAGGAUUAUGUAUCCAAAGAUCCAAAUCAGGUGUUUCUGCCAUUAGACAAAUUACUUUUCUCUCACACUUGAAAAUUAUAGCCCUAACAUCCACCUGGCAUUCUUUGAGUCUAUUUUGCUGCAGUUUGCACUCUACAAGGUGGCGUUUAGUUGCAUUAGAGAUGGUUGUGUAUGUUACAACAGGCAGAAUAUUCCCAUUCUUGCUUAUGAUUCCAAGGGAGGCUGUACUGCUCCUUGAACCUGGCUGGACUUCACAUAUUUAAGACAGCCAAAUUUAUGAUCACAUUACAUUGUUUUCUUUCAGUUUCAUCCUUGGUUGUUCUAGACUGGCUAAAACUACAGAAGACCAGAAUUACUCAUGGAACUUCCAUCAACAGUGUCGUUGAUGUAGCUUGAUUUGCAUCUUUUUGUGGAGAAAAUGAAUUAUCCAUUUAGAUUAUGUUGUAUCUUAAUUGACAUUGCAACUAUCUUUAGCGCUUUACUUUUUCCAUUGUAACUUAAUCAUUUAAAUAUCCUCUCCACAUAUGUUUAAGGAAUACAUUACAGUAGGAUAUGAUAUUCAUAAGUAGGCUUUCUUUAGUGUAUAAUCACCUGAAUCUAAGAAUCACUGUUUUUAUUACCUUAGAAUGGGCCUUUUAUACCUACACUAGGAGGGGGCCUGCCAUGUUGCACUGCAGUGUUUCUACAGUAGCUCAGAAUGGACAAACCAAACUAGCCUUUUGCGUGGUUUGUGAGAAGAGGGCUAUUCACUUAAUUGCAAUUCACAAACUCACCCCUAGAUGCCGUUAAAUCUUACAUACUGGUUCCAGAUUUAAUCCCACAGAUCUAAACGUGGUACAGUUUAAAACAAAAAAAAGAACACAAUACAACAAUGGGUAUAACCGUUAAAGUUGUAUUUUACUGACUAAUAAAAAUACCAGUUUUCUUAAAUGAUAGCUUAAGAAAGCAACUUUGUCAUUGAGAAGAAAUUGAAAGAAAUGUCUUGAAACUUGAGGAGAAUUGAAUCUGUAAUUGUCUGUUACACAUGGAUUUCUUCCUCCCACAGCUAUGUUACAUGUCAAGUUACAAUACAUGUUAUUGUAUGUUUUUGCUUGACCAGCUUAGUGCGUAUUUGUACAGUUUAGUGUAUCACAAGCAACCUCAAAGAUCGUUAACAUGACCCUCAGAUGCCAGUGCCGUUGAGGGUAAAUUUAUGACUGUCAGAUUACUCUUACUUUUAUACUCCCAGUCCAAUGUCUGCCAGUGUAAAGUCAUAUCAUUUAUGGGUAUCAAUGCUUCUGUUAAAAGAAUAAAGGGUCAGUUUAGUCACAAGAUUAAAAUCAGGACAGGAGAAAUCUAAACUAUGUAGACGUGUGUAAUCUGGAUCUGAUCAAGAACUGUUUGUACAAUUUUUCAUUCACACCCUUUCUCUGGGGUGCAGAGAAAGGGAGAGGUCUGUUAAGUGUCCGAUAAGGUUGUAUUAAUGCCUUGUAAAACAAAGUGCUAUCACACAAAAAAAAAAUGAUUAAUGAUCAAUGACUGUUACUGGGGAUGGGCUUGUGUGUUCGCUUGCAUGGAUUCCAGUUUAAUAUGGGUGUUUCUGCACUUUUACCUGGCUUUUUCUUCCACGUACACAGCUGUCUUUUGAACCCUCACUUCAUUUUUAUGUUGUGCAACUGAGCUUUGGAGCAACAGCUCCUGAAUAAAGUCAACUGUAAAGUCCCUCAUG